AUGGCCAUUGUCCCUAUCGUAGCGAUUGUCGCAGCUGCACUCCUCGUCAAGCACUUCCUUCUAGAUCCCCUCAUCCUCAGUCCCCUCAAGCACAUCCCCGGCCCCAAACUCUUCGCCGUCACAAAAUGGAGACUUGCCUACGAGGACUGGAAAGGCACGCGAACCCGCACCAUCUACCAAUUGCAUCAGAAGUAUGGCCCGGCGGUGCGCAUCGGCCCAAACGAGGUGUCGUUCAACAGCCUUGCGGCUCUGCGAACCAUGUACGGCCCAGGAAGUAAAUUUGGCCGAACCACCUUUUACCGCAUGUUCGAUGUGUAUGGCGAGCAGAAUCUGUUUACGUUCCACUCGCCCAAGGAGCACGGCGACCGGAAGAAGUUGCUCUCACACGCAUAUUCCAAAUCUGCUGUGCUGAAGCCCGCGACGACAAAGAUGGUGGAGAGAAAGGUUCGACAGUAUCUGGAUCUCAUUGAGAGUGAGCCUGAGCUUGUGAGCGAGAUCUUCAGCACCUUGCAUUAUUAUUCGCUCGACAACAUCACCGCGUUUGUCUACGGAAAAUAUGGCGCGACAGCAGCUAUUCGGGGUUCCAAGAUGCAUCGGGCGCUUAUUUCUGAUAUUCUGCAUCCUUCUCGUCGCAGGUUAUCCUGGUUCAUCGUGCACUUCAAGGCAUUCACCAAGUGGCUGUAUCAGCAGACUGGCGUUACCGCGCAACUGGUGAAGCCUGUGCUGCCAAUGCAGCAACCUACCACAUAUACUGGCAUCCGAGCAUAUGCGCUGGGGGCUUUCAAGAGUUUCCGAGCUGAGGUUGAUGCGGUUGGACUGACCAACGAGCCAGACGAAUACGUUUCGAUUCUUGAACGGCUCUGGAAGUACCACGAGAGUCAGACAAAGGGUGGAAUGCGCGAUAUGCAAAUGGCCUCUGAAUGUGCAGAUCAUUUCCUUGCCGGCAUUGACACCACAAGUGACACUCUUAUGUUUCUUCUCUGGUCGCUCUCCUUACCAGGCAACGAGAAGAUCCAAGAGAAGCUCAGAGAAGAAGUCAUGGCUUUAUCAGGAGACUCACUGAACCCGCACGGCAACCCUAAGGUUGAAGCAAGUGACCGCUGCGAAUAUCUCCAAGCCGUUAUUAAGGAGACGUUGAGGCUAUACGCCCCGCUACCUAGCACAGAACCCCGGUCUUGUGACGCUGAUGUCGCUGUUGAUGGCUAUACAAUCCCCGCCCAUACUGUUGUAGGAAUGUCGCCUUGGGUUAUGCAUCGAAACCCAGACGUGUUCAAGGAUGCGCUCGUCUUCGACCCCGAGCGUUGGCUCGGACCACAGGCAGCGGAGAUGAAUCGAUGGUUCUGGGGGUUUUCUAGCGGAGGACGCAUGUGCAUCGGCAUGCACCUGGCAAUGGCCGAGAUGACCACCCUUACAGCUGCCAUCUACCGACAGUUCGAGACUUCGAUAGCUCCUGGGUUUGAGAAUACCAGCCCAGCCAUCACGGCUCGUGUCGAAACCUUUUACGAUGAGAGAUUCCCAAAGGUCAAGGAAUCGUCGUGCCUGAUCAAGUUUAAGAAGCUGGAAGGCUAA